UAAGUAUUGUUGAAGUUAUCUAAACUAGUCUCAAGUCAUUCGUUUACGAACCCCUCUUUCUCACCCUCUCUUCCCCUCCCUCUCUCACCUUCACAUCUCGUAUUCCUCAUCCUCCUAAUUCCUGUUCCCCAAUAAAUAUAGCUACUAGCCUACCAGGCUUCAGUUGUAUACCUACACCUUACUACACCUCCGCCACACCAUAAACAAACAGAAACCCACCCACACCACCACCACCACCAUGUUCUGGUUCUCUUCCCACCAACAACAACAGCAACAGCAACAACCUCCUCUCCUCCCAACCCUCCCCACCUCGAAAUCCAAAAUCCGUAGAACCCUCAAAGCCCCCGGCCGCCCCAUCGCCAUUCGCAAAGACCACAUUACCGACACCAAGACCCUCCUAAUUGUGCGUCCUCAAGGCGAUGCCCAAUCCGCCGUGGCAUACAAAAUCCAAGAUGCCGACGGCAUGACGCUCUACACCGCUACGGGGCGCAAGUUCAGCAACCGACCUUGUCGCGAGUUCCGCGAUGCGUCGGGCCUCCCACUCUUCGAACUACACCGCAAGACUUCUUUCAAGAACAACUGGUCCGUCACCUUACCCGGCAGUAACCCAACUAGUCCGAUAGCCAAAAGUGCUGUCCAGCGCUCAUCCUUCAGUGCCGCCGGCUGGGGGAACUGCAAUUUCACCAUCACGUUCGACAAUGUAGCCGCGGCGGAUGGGAAGCAGCCUGAGGAGCGUACCCUGACAUUGGAAGUGCAACGGCAUGGGAAUGUGCUGGCGCUGUUUGAUAUCGUGGAUGGGGAUCGCAAGAUUGCCGAGGUGAAGGAGAGUAUUCGCCAUAAUGAGAAAUUGGCGCUUAUGCCUGCGUCUCGCCUUGGGUAUCGCCCUGUACUGGAUGUGAUUGUUACUCCCGGCGUGGAUAUGGCUUUGAUUGCAACGAUUGCGGUCAUUGCAUCGGACACAGUGUUUGCUUCGAACUAUUAAUUGCGCGCAUGUUUUUUUUGGGGACUCUGGAUAUGUCGGAACGCCAUUAUGGUUACCAUGAGAUUAUGAAACUGACGACUCUCUUUCUGUCUAUUCUUCUUUUCUCUUCUUUUUUCUUUUAUCGCUCUUGUUUUCCUCUUUUUUUCCAUCGGUUGU